CUCAAAAUGGACCACCUCAUACAAGCAUUUAGCCGCGUGGUCCGUAACCUUGACAACUUCGAUUCUCUCAGCCAAAUCAUCUCCGAUCUAGAAAAUUCGCCAACCAUUGCCGUAUCGCUCAGCACCAAAGACCGCUAUCGAAUUCUUGAUUUCCCUGACCCCGAUGACAAAGCCAAGGCUAUCGUGUCGUCGUCCUGUCUUAGCAGAUCGGCAUUGUUUCGUCGAGCAGCGAAAACGCCAGUCGAAUUGACAGACUCGGAACUAGAACUGCUCAGAACCCGCUAUUGGCUCGACAUCACACCCGACGGGUUUGCCGCUGCGCGAGCUCACGAAGCGCUUUCAGCUGUUUCCAUGGAUCAUUGGACCGAGACGACGGAGCGGUUGAAAAGAGUGAGACAGCCGUUGUACGAAGAAAAUGAAGAGGCGGCAAUCGAGAAUGCAUGUGCGGAAUUUUGGAGACGUGCCAAUGAAAGAUGGCAGAUGCGUCAGCAGCAAGAAGCUGAGACUGCACUUGCUAGGCCUAAUGCCAAGGAGUGGGUCAAGAGAUUAUGGGAGGAGGAAAAAGGAAAGGCGUGGGGGUUCGCCAUCUUCAUCGAUCCUGAGAUUGAUGAGCGGAGAAGGGAAGACUGCAUGUGCAGGGUUGGUGCGGCGUUGCUUUUCGCAACCGGAGCGGUCGGCAUGGGAGAGACUAUUGAAGCGUGGCGGCAGUUGCAUUCAGCGGAGUGGCCGGGUAACGUUGGGAAUGAGGUCAAGUUUGGCAGUCUGAGAAAAAAGUUCCGUGAGAUCAGGGAUGGCUUGCCUGAGGGAAUACUCAAGAAUGUGGUCUUGGUCGUGGAUUAUGAGGUCACUGAAGUGGUUCUGGAGACGAGUCGAGGAAACGUGGAUGAUAUGUGGGUUUGGGCAGUGGAUCCGGACUACACGGAAACAGAAGGCAAAGGUGACGGCUACGAGGGGUUCUUGCGAGUGCGGUGGCAGCAACUCGUCAAUAAUUUCUUUGAGGCAAGGAGGUUUCAUGAAGAUGAGUUUCCGAUGGAGAAGCUGUGGGAAAAAGCACAGAAUAGUAGGAAUCAGGCAUUUGUGUCAGUCAAGGAUGAGGAAAUAGGGCUUUGGAUAAUGAGCAGGAGCGCUGGAAGUGCGUUGAGGACUUCGUAGUAGUUCAAGACCUCUAUCUUGAAGUAUGCAAAUUACCAAUGAAAGCGGCCUAAUA